AUGCAUGUUUCGCAUUUAUGUCUCAACACUAUUGACUCCAUACUUGAACAUCUACUAAACGACAGUUUGCAACGCAAUCCAAAAACUAUUACUGUUAAAGUUUACUCAGACUCAUUAAGUAUCCACCUACAAGAUGAUGGCGAUGGCUAUACUUGCAAAGAGUUGGAGAAACUCUUGAGCUGUGCUUCGAAGCCAGAUCCUUUCGCCACCAAAGCUUAUAGUAGUUCACUGAUUGGUUAUAUCGGGGCAGUUUCACAAUUUUCAAUUGUGUCCAAGUACAAAACUGCUCAAAGCAUUUUUAAAAUGGAGAGUAAUUUUCAAGAUGGCUCGGUAACAAUACACAACACUGAUAAUCUGCAAAUGCAAGUGCAAAAGCUGAUGCAGACGCUGACGCUGAUGCUGAUGCAGACGCUGCCCUAUAAACAGUUUUGUGAAAUCGAAACUGUUACUCAGGGCUCAGUCUACCGUGUAGAGAACAUCUUUUACAAUUUCCCAGUUCGACGUAAACAGAUUCAUGCAAUGGCCGUACACAAGAUUGUUAAUAGCAUCAAGCUAGUUUUCUUGAAAUUGCUAUUGUUUAACCUGGGAGUACAUCUAGAAUUUAGCAUUAAAGAUAGUCACGCACCUCAAUUUGAACAAGUAUUUAAGCUUACAUCGAAGCAUGAUGAUUACGGACAAACGUUAUUGCAAAGCCUUUUUGGUUUGCAAAUUACUUGGCAAAAUAUCAAAGCAAGAUAUAAAUCUUUUGAAUUUACUGGAAUUAUUGGACUAGAACCAGUCAACUCCAAAACUCAUCAAUAUAUAUUUGUCAAUAACAAACUUAUGGCUCAAUCAAGGAAUAUUUCAGCACAGUUUAAUGAAAUAUUCAUCAAAUCGGGAUUUGGUUUUAACAAUAUUAGCACCAGUAAUAACAAUGUCACCACCAACUCAAUUACAAAGUCCACUGGCAAACUGAUACGCAAGUUUCCAUGUUUCUUAAUACAAGUGAAAAGCAAUGACCUUGCUGAGAUCAAAGAAGAUUCACAUUCAUGGAUGUUUAUCGUAGAUAUCAUUGGCAAGAUUUUCAAAACAUUUGUAAAUGCAAAUGAAAAAACCAAUGAAGGUCAAAUAAAAAGCGAGUAUCUAAAAUUACUGCCGAGUCCCGAAAAGAUUCAUGACAAAUCAAGGGAAAAGAAUUUGACUAGAAGUAAUAUGAUGAAUAGAAUCUUUAAAGGAAGACAUUUUCAACCACAAGGCCUGACUUUAAUACUGACUAUGAUUCAACCCCUGCUUUGUUCUCCAAAUUAUCUUACUGUUGGCCACAACUACAACUAUAACUACAAUUACAACCCUGAUUAUAAUGAAGAUGAGAUCAAUUUUGGGCGUUUGCACCUUUCUCCGAAUAAUUGCAGAAUCAUCAGACAAAUAGAUAACAAAUUUAUUCUACUAAUGCUUUUCAAUAACCCCCUGCAGCAUCAGCUAGAGGUGCAACAGUCACCAACGCCACCACCAACACCAACAGCACCACAAUUAGUUGUUCUUGAUCAACACGCGAGCGACGAACGGGUUAAAAUUGAAAAAUUAAUCAAAGAGUUUGUCGAUGAAAUGUCUGCAAAUCCAGGGUUGAGACUUUGCCAACCAUUAAUAAUUGACCUACAUCCACAUGAAUUACAAUAUCUCCACCAAUAUGCUUCCAAUUUCCAAUUAUUUGGAAUUGAAUACAUCAUCAUUGAUCAAAUUAAACUAGCAGUGACAAAAUUGCCAAAAGUUCUCAUUACAAAAGUAGGCAACAAUACAAAGUAUAUGAAGGAUAUGCUCUUACAACACAGUUUUGAUGUAAAUAACAAGGUCAAGAAUCAGUAUUUCAACAUUAAAGAUGAAGAUUGGUUUGCAAUUUCGCACAAUAUACCACGAGCCAUUAUAGACCUCCUCAAUUCGAAGGCUUGUCGUUCAGCAAUCAUGUUUGGCGACCCCCUAACUUUUACUGAGAUGUCCAGCUUGAUACAAGAAUUGAGUCGGUGCAAACUUCCAUUCCAAUGUGCACAUGGACGACCCUCAGUGGUGCCACUAGCAAGGUUUGUACUGAAAUAG